AGGCGUCGUCGCCAAGUAAAUGCGUCUUUUUGCGUCAUCAAAAUGCGACUAUGUUCGGCCGUAAAUAAACAUCGGGAAUGGAGUCGGAACGGCAUGGAAAAACACUCCACACAUUUUAACCUUUUUUUUUUUUUUUUUUUAAGAUUCAUACUGAUCGCACAGAGUUAUAUUUUACAAGUCCAUUCCUCACGUCCCGCGUAUUGUUCUCAAGCCAUAAAGCAGGCAUUAAUCGUCUACAACCCGCUAAAGGUUGAGCAUUUAUUAAAUCCUAUAUUUAGGUGUGGUAGACAUUUAAGACGCCUGUUAAACGAGUCUAAUUGAAUAUAAGAUGUAGUUAGUAUGCAGGAUUACGGUGUGAUUAGGGGGAGAUCAUUUUGUGCCUGCUUUGAAAACAUCGAGGUGAUUUCCGGGGCAUUCUGGAGAAAUAAAGAUGGUCCUGUCUUUGGUGAACCUGUGCGCCCGGGAGGUGGUGAGCGACCACAGCUCUUCGCCGUAUUGGUUAAGUUGUGUGCCGAGGGAGCUCUACCGAGCGUUGCUGGACGCCGCCUUCACCCACUGCCGUCCUCUAGCUGUCGGUGAGCUCGUCCAGCGGUGGCCCGAGAGAACACUGACCGUUGGAGGCAGCAGAAAAGCGGGCGAGUGCCCUCCGAACCGCCUCUGCGUUCAGGCUCUGCUGCUGGCUGUGGUCAGGGGACUGACGGACAAAAGGUGUUGCCUGCAGAUGCUGGAUCUCAGUGGACUUCAAUGUGAAAAUGGGAGAGUUGAGGACUCGAUGGGUGGAUGGUCCCUCAGUGUUGCCCUGUGCUCAAUGGUGCUACAAGCUCGAGCUGCUGCCUCCAGGGCUCACAGGAGAGAUGGAGAAAGAGAGAGAAAAAGAGGACUGGAAGCAGAACGCGACCGGGGCACCAUCAAACGAGACCGGGGCAAGGUAGGGUGCGGGAAUAGUGGUGAAGGGAGUCAGGGAGGACACGGAGUGGAAGAAGUAGAGAAGAUGGAGUGCAAAACUAAUGAACGGAUGUUACCAGAAGAUGAGUCAGUAAAGGGUGUCAGGAGGAGGAUGGAGAUCCAGAGAAGAAAGACUAUAUCUGAGGGGAAAUCAAACACCAGCAGUAAUAGCAGUAGGUUAUGCGACCAAGACUGGGACGAGGUAGUUGUGGUCCAUGUCAGGGCUGACCUUUUUGUCAAUUCCCGUUCCUGGGAGCGUGUCCGUGAUGCCCUUAGUCAACCAGGUCCACUGCAGCUCCACUGCCACUACCUCCGCGUGGAGGAACUCUCAGCGCCCUCCAUAGCUUCCUUGUUGGGUCUCUUGCCUCAGUGUGUAUUAAUCCCUGAUGCCGUCCUCAUUUGUGCACAGAUGGUCCUGUCUUUGGUGAACCUGUGCGCCCGGGAGGUGGUGAGCGACCACAGCUCUUCGCCGUAUUGGUUAAGUUGUGUGCCGAGGGAGCUCUACCGAGCGUUGCUGGACGCCGCCUUCACCCACUGCCGUCCUCUAGCUGUCGGUGAGCUCGUCCAGCGGUGGCCCGAGAGAACACUGACCGUUGGAGGCAGCAGAAAAGCGGGCGAGUGCCCUCCGAACCGCCUCUGCGUUCAGGCUCUGCUGCUGGCUGUGGUCAGGGGACUGACGGACAAAAGCUCUCUUUCCCAGCCUCUGGAGGUGCUGAAGCUGCCAUACCUGUGCCUGACCUCCACAGACCUGGCCUACCUCUCCUGCAGCCAGCAUGCUCCAUUCCUGAGAGAACUUGACCUGAGUGAGAACUGGCUUGAUGAAUCGUCCCUGCCCUCUCUGCGCCGUCUCUUAGCUCAAGCCGAAAACUCUCUGUGCCAGCUUUCACUUUGUGGUUGUGGCCUCUCAGACAGUCUCCUGAGUGCUCUUCUUCCCUCCCUGUCCAGCUGUCAGGCUUUACGUAGAUUAAGAUUGGCCUUAAACCCGCUCUCUAGAACGGGACUGCUUUGCCUGGCCCGUACAGCGGCAGGAAUCCCUUCUCUUCGUCUGCUGCUCUAUCCCAAUCCACUAGAGGAAUAUGAGCCUGGUCUGCCGGCUCUCCCCUCCAGUGCUCAGCUGUUGGAUUGGCCUCUGUUAGAGGAGUCUGAGGGCAGGGACUUGACUCUGAGGUUACUGGAAGAGGUUCUGAACUUGAGAGGACGAUCCCGGGACCUUCUAGUGACCUCUGACCUUCUAAACUAUAGCCCAGACUUAACUGUGGAUGAAUAGAGGGUGAAUGUCCCAGAGCUCACUCUUUUAAUAAGUAUGUGACAAUCAAAACUAUGCUUAAACUAGUACUCUCAGAUUAUGUUUUAACCACUCCUGGGGAAUGUACUUGAGGUUGCCAAGCUUUUUUCAGUAACAACAAACCUUAGCUUAUACACACAAUCGUAUAAAAAGGCUGGCUAGUGGAAACCUUCGCAUUAUAUUGUAUGCAGCUUCUCACAUGAAAUGAUUUUGAUUUGUAUUUGUUUAAGUUAUCCAUUAAGUAUGGUUUUAUUGCUUUAAAUCAUACUAUAAUAGGGCAAUGUUUAUGGCAAACACCGAUAGAAGGAACCUCUUAAAAGUUUUUUUAAACUAAA